AGGCGGUGUGGCCUGUGGGCUCGGUUUUACUGGGGGGGCUCGUCGUGUUUCUGCCGCGUUCCGGGGCGCUCAGGCUGCUCGGGUGGUGCGUCUGCCUUUACUGUGUGCUGGGUUUGCAUCGGCGUUUCCAGAGCUGUGCGCUGGUGCCAUCAGUCUUCGGGCUGCGGUUAUUCCCAGCUAGCGGGUACCCGGGAUUUUUAUCCCUCAGAGUCCAUCACCGAGGCUGCAAGGCACUGCUACUCUGCAGAAAUGUCCGCUAGGAUCACAGCGGCGUUUUCUGAUGUGCUGCUGGUGUAAGAGAAAAACAAUACCCUUAGUUUCUGGGUUGCUAAAUGUGUGUCCUCAUCAGUGGAGGGUUAAGUGGGCCCAGCACCUUGAGGUAGAAUUGUGAAUGAUGUGUAUUUGGUGUGGUGCUCUGUUUCUGAUGCCUGUAGCAUUAUAAAAUGACUCUGCUUUUCAGGAUGAAGUUCCGUCUAUGGCCAAGAGUAAAGUUCCUGGCAAAGUUAGGUUAAGUGAUGUCAAUGUUUCUAGAUAAAAGCUGGAGAAGAAAUGCGUCCUGUCUUGGAAAAGCAAAAGAAAUAUAAAAUGAAACAAAACAAACCCACAACUUGUUCACAAUGUGUUUAAAUUUCUGUCACUGUUAUUAGCUGCCACAGCUGCAUUUAAAAACUAGUUCUGGUGGGAACACAUGACACAUAGGUGUCUCGGUAUGCUUUACACUUAUGGCCAAGGAAGGUCACAUUUUGGAUGUGCUUUCCUCAUCAAAGGGUGCUUGGAUUUAAGGUCAUACCAGUCCCUGUUAUCUGUGCCACCACCAGUGCCUGUGUGCUGCCAGGCUGUGGUCCUCAGGAUGUGGACACUGGGUCUCCUCAUUCACUGCUGCCCUUGGGAUGCCCCAACCUGAAAUUUGUGAGGAGGGCUGCAUGUUUGUGUCGCUUGUAUCCACCUGAGGACAACUGACCUGGACUAGAAGUAUAUCCUCACCCAUAAGGCAUGUAGGAGGAGACAUGGCUGAGAUCUGAGAGAUGCUGUCUUGCUGGAGAACUCUCCUCAGCUCGCUCUGGAGAGCUGCAGGUCCUCACUCUGCCCUGGGCUGUACCAUCAUUAGUCCCUGGGGACCAAGGUUCCUCGUUUCUUUGCUGUUUUGUAGUGUAAGAUUUUGCAGCUUCUCAAGUGAAGAGAAGGGAGUCAAAGCUGUCCCAUUACCUUCUCCUGGACAGGGUGUCUAUAGCAACCAGCAGUGGAGGGUUAAAGGGACAUGUAAAUUAUCUGAAUUUGAGCAAUUCUUUUUUCUUUUAAAUAAUAUCUGUAAGAAAGAAAUCAAGAUAGUUUGAGCAAUUUCAGUGAUGAAAGGUCACCAUUAGAAGAAAAUCAGUGUUGCAUAUGCUAAGUCAAGUAGUUCUAAUUCUAAAAUUGCCCAUGCAGCAUUAAUUUUAUCUUCAGACUACUGUUUACUUUAAGAAACAGUAGAUGACCUUACAAUUAAAGAUUUUCUAAGAAUAUUACAUUAUACUUUUUCCCCCGUGGAUGCAGAUCCUGUAAGCACUGUUUCCUCUCUUGUAUAUGACAAAUCCAUCUAUGACAGUUGCGUGUGGACGACUUGAUGCAACAAACACUCAUGCAAAAUUAAGAAGAUGGAUCCCGACUGUCAUUUCCUGUAAACCUCUUUGUAUUGCUCUGUGAAGUAUUUAGCUGUAAUUUACUUCCAUUUUAAGAUCUGAAGAAGACUCCUCGUCCUUCAGAAGUAGCAUGCCCACAGUCUUCCUGGCCAAUGAUUCUUCUACAGCAAGCAGGCCUUCUUCCUCAUCCUGAGAAGCCUUCAUCUCUUCCUAUGUCAGUGGCUACAAGGCCAAGAGCCAGCUCACCACUGUCCCCACCAAAAUCUCUCGGACUGGGGCCUUCCUUUCAUCAGACACAAGAAGAAGAGCUUGCAAAGGUGGUGGAGCAGGACCCUAUGCUGGAGGAACUAUGUAAGCCUCUGUGCUGCAAGCUUUGCAAUGUCACUCUGAAUUCAGCACAACAAGCCCAGGCUCAUUACCAGGGUAAAAACCACAGUAAGAAACUCCGAAAUUACUAUGCUGCCAAUAGCUGUCCGGCAUCUGCCAGGAUGAGUAGUUCGGUUGAGCCUGCCCCACCUCAGGUUGUCUCCCUUCCAGCUCAGAUGGGAUCCAGUAAACCAGGUGGCCGAGUGAUCUUGGCCACGGAGAAUGAUUACUGCAAGCUUUGUGAUGCCUCAUUUAGCUCUCCAGCUGUGGCACAAGCUCACUACCAAGGGAAAAAUCACGCCAAACGGCUGCGUCUUGCAGAAGCACAGAAUAACUCAUUCUCGGAUGCAUCAGAACUAGGCAAACGAAGGGCAAGGAAAGAAGGGAAUGAAUAUAAGAUGAUGCAGAACAGAAGAAAUACGUAUACAGUUCAAAACAACACAGGUCCCUACUUCAAUCCCCGCUCACGCCAGAGGAUUCCCCGGGAUCUGGCCAUGUGCGUCACCCCCAGCGGCCAGUUCUACUGCUCCAUGUGCAAUGCAGGGGCCAGCGAGGAGAUGGAGUUCAGACAGCACUUAGAAAGCAAACAGCAUAAAAGCAAGGUGUCCGAACAGCGGUAUAGGAAUGAGAUGGAGAACCUCGGCUACGUACAAUGACGCGCCACCCUUGGUAGUAGUUUGCAAAUAGAGCAGCUUGUCUCUCGCCUGCUGUUUGCCACAUGCCCUGCUUUGUGCUCCAUUCGAUAGGAGUCUGCUCUCGAGCUAUACAUGUAACACCUGCAAACUUAAUGGUAUGGUUAGAUUUCUUUUCUGUCAUAGUUGGCAGGAUGACGCUGUGCGGGACAUGAAGUGCUUUUGAUGUUUGUUUGCUAAUUAUCUAAGGCUCUUCAUUGUACUGAGUGGUGGGGAGGACUUUGUCUUCUCCCCAGCCUUCUGCAUGAAUAUGCAAAGCCCAAGAAGUGCUGGGAACUUCUGUGGUUCUACCACACAGGUGGACCAUGUGCAAAGCCCACUCCCCUCUUUGCAGAUCACAGAGCAGUGCUCCCAAAUGCCUCCCUACAGCAGACUAAGUCUCUGGGCAGCUUGGAAAGGAAGGGCAGGCAUGGGACCUGUGAAUGUGGGACUUACGUGGUGUACUUGUCCACAAAUUGCUGCUUGUGGCCCCCAUUACAGCCCAGAGUAAGUUCUUUCCGCAUCCUUGUAGAAAGGCUGUAUGUACCUCUCCUUGGAGGGUCAUGCCUCUUACCGCUUCCUCUGUGGUGCAGAUUUCAUUCUGAACAUCUGACAUUGGAUAUCAGCUGAUUAGCCCCAUUCAGAAAUACUCUCUUCUACCAGUUAACAAUGAAAAAAGAUUCUCCGUGUUGCUGGCUGGGCUCCUUAAUGUACCACGGGUGUAGCUCAUCUCCCUGAAGAGAAUCUGUGGGGAUCUCAGUGACUUGAUGAAGUGAAUUGGAAAGCAAACAAGCUCAGAUGAGAUGUAUUCUGCUCUGAUUCUGCCUUAGACUGAGCACGGUUGAGAACAGGUUGGAAGGAGCUGUCAGCUGCGAUUUCUUUGCAUACUGAUGUAGAAGAAAGCAAGUGUUGGUCUCUGGCCUGCAACUCUGUCGCUGUGGGAAAGCAGGGCUGCCUGGCUCUUGAGGAGCACAUGUUGAUGUGCUCCACUUCCAUGCCAUUCCCUGCACAAGGCCCAGAGGGUGUUACGGAGCAGAGGUGAAAUGCUCCUUUGGGCUAGAGCUACCAACAGUGGAUGAAUUUUUUCCCCUCUUUGUAUCCCCAUGUCAGAAUAGGUUUUAAUUCCAUUCCUUGAUGUGAACUUCAUUGUUUUAGGGAUCAUCAGAAAUCCAAAGUUAGGUAGGACGUAAAUGUCAGGGAUAAUGAUUGUUUGAGUAACAGCCUUUUGGCCACACAGAAGUAUUCAUGAAACUUUUUAAGCAACUGUGUAAGUGCAGACAAACCCAAAGGGUGUGUGUCUGUUUUGAUUUUUCUUAGCAAAAGUAGAAAGGAGGUAAAGAGCAGAAGUAGGGCUGACAUUUAUUUUUCUGCUCAUUUGGGUAGAUGUGAGGAGCUGUGGUUGAAAUGUGGUUCACAGUGUUUCUAAAACAUUGUCUUCAGUGGCAAGUGUGGCACGUAGAUAACCUCUGUUGGACCUGAUUCCCCACUGCGCUGCCACAGCUGUGCUCUGGUGCAGCUUCAUUGACUCCAGUGGCAGGAGCAGAGAUGGGGUAAAGGAAGCACCAUGGCUUGUCUCUCACUCUUGUUUAGGCAGUAGGUUGAAUUAGAUGCAGCUCCAUUGGUAUCAGUAGCGUUUUACCAGGGGUAAAUUUUACCUAGCCCAUGAUGUUGAAGGUAGUUCUCCCAACCCCUUUUCUUGCUAUUCUGAUCCUGCCUUUUGCAUUCCAGAAGGACUUUCUGCUUGCCUUAACCAAUGAAAAAUGAGUAAACUAACAAAAAUCCGGGUAGUUUUUAUUCAUCUUUCUAGUCCGCCUCAAAAAGGUUUGUUGCACUUGGCCACUCCUCAGAAAUCAAGUAUCAUUCUCUUUAGCUGCCUAAGUGUCAGGUUGCCGUACAACCUUAACACAGCCUUCCUAAUUCCAGGCAAGGUGAGCUCUUGCACAGUUGUCAAAAGCAACCCCCUGCAUCAUUCCAUGCUGAUCCUUGCCCUGCGGAUACAGGCAGAGCGAUGGGCAUCCUCUUGAAUGGGAUUCCCUCUCCCCUGUGCUAAGCCCAGUUAAAUAAGGUAUGUGCACUGGAGCAUGUCAGAAGGUGGGAGGACAGGUGCCCAGGUUUCAGAGCACUGACUGAGCAGUUUUGGCAACCUAUAAGUUUGUUUCUUCUGUGCUUUCCUGCCUCGGGCUCACCCUCUGUGCAGCCUUGAAGAACAUUCCCCUUCCAAAAGUCUCAUCAGCCUUUUCCCCGUCAUCUUUUGCAGUCAAGGGGCUCUGGUUUUCUCUUUGUGUUCUGUCUUUGUUUUGCUAGUCUGACACUGCAAUGCAGGGACAGCAGGAGUUGGAUGAGCCUUACCACAAUGUGCUUCACCAGAGUGAUCUCUGCACUAUGAUUAAACAUCCCUCCUGCUGUGAAUUAAAGCGUGGCAUUUCCCACAGGCUGCAAGUAGUAGCAGAAAAAACACACUUUGUGAAAUCUGAGCAGGACGAGCUGUAGGUACUGGUGUUUAGCUUACUGCUAGGGCCAAGAAGACAUUUUUGUCUGCUUUCACGUGUCCCAAAAAAUCAACUGUUCACCACUUUGCUUUGGUUGCUGCUCCUGCUCUCAGCCCAGUGAUCUGCUCCUCAUUUGGCAGCGACAGCUGGAGGUGUCAAAACCCAGUUUGCUCCACGUGCCGAUACCGCCUGGUGACAGCUGGUGCAAACCUGCCGCAGCACACUGGUGUGCUUGUACAUUGGGAGGAUGCGCGAGGGAGGGCCAGGGGGCUGUUUCUGUGGGCUGCUCUGCGUGGGGCCAAGUCUAGUUUUGAGGAAUAGCUUCAAUCUGCCUUGAGCAGAGAGGCCACUAUCUGCUUCGUUUUGACCAAGGGAGUGCAAUAAGUGAAUGUUACCUGAGAAUUUCAAAGUGGUGGGUUACAUAGCAAGUAUAAAGCAGACAGUAAGAGUUGAGCAACAAGGGAUUUGCCACAUGGGAGGAUAGAGAUUUCUUGCUGGGAGAAACAGCUGAGACUCGCUUUGCCCCAGUGCUCAGUUAUGGCCUUUCCCUACGGGUGACCAAAGCUUUCCUCUCCCUCUUCAGCGUUUCUUAAUGAUUUUUGAUCUUCCCACUCUCCCUCCAGCACAGGAAAUUGUUGACUGCAAAGAGAAAAGACCCCACCUCAAUAAUAUCAUCAGGGUUCAGGCCAAUGCAAACUCUUACUUAUCAGUGUUCAAACCGCAUAUUGAAAACACGUCCUGGCCAAACCGUAUUUGACAUAGGUGGGCUGGGGAGAAAACUGUACAGCUGUAGUACCAUUUUCCAGACCCCGUGAGUCUUUCUCAUGUUUAAACAAAGUACCAAACUCAAGAAAGAGGACUUCUGUGAAGCUGUCACAUUGGCCAGUAGGUUAAUGACCUUUGCUGCUAGAAACAAAAUAUAAAUCAAUGUGUUCAUAUUUAUUUUACUGCGCUGACCACUAAUUGAUUUGUUAAUAUUUAAGGCAUUGUUCUGUAAGUUGUUUUUGUUGAAAUAGAAAACUCUACAUUGCACUUUGCUUUUGGAUCAGAACAGGUAUUUGUUGUAUUUGUGAAAAUGUUUUCCCUGCCACGUAUGUAUUGUUAUCUUUCCCUUGAUACAAAAAACCCGACCAAAACAAACAACAAAACCCACCCCAAAACAAACAAACAAACAAACCUAACCAGUGAAUCUUCUUUGUUUCUUUUAAUGCCAAACAAAAUGGGGAUUUCCUUGCAACUUGCUCUUGAAUGUCCAUUUCUAAUAUUAGUUUUUCCUCCGAUGGUUCCUUUGGUAACUUGGGAUGAUAAUUUUUUGGACACAGAUGAACUUCAUACUACAUUUAAGCAUUUCUUUUAAGGCAAGGAAGUAAAUUAUGUGGAAUCCAUGUAUUUGUGAGGAGUAUCAAAGUGAUACUGUUUUGUUUGUAUUCUUAGCUGUUGUUUUGCAUUCUGCACUAAUGAGUAAAUGUGUUCUAAUCUUGCCUAACAUUCGUCUAUUUUUGACUUUUUGCUUUCUUCAUGUAGAUCAAAAGGAACCCUGAAAACUUCGGUGGAGUUGCUUAGGAUGGUUAUCAAUGUAACAAAAUGCAGAUUUUUUUUCUGUAAAGAUUUCUGUCUGUUUUCCUUUCCUAGAUGCCCAUUAUGGGGCAUUAGAAGGGAAAGGUAUUGCCAUGUUUGGAUUCAUAUUUUAACUUACUAAUGCAUGAUGUCCUUUUGCUACAUUAUUUCAGUAAUACUAUCACUGUAACCAGUGGGAAUCUUGCCCAGGUCAGGAGUAAAUGAAAUACCCUAGCUAAAUAUAUUGUGUUGGCUAGGGCUGGGCAAGGUACAUUGCUAAAAUUUGUCUUUUACUCCUGUGUUUGGGUUACAACACUCUUAAGCUUUUGCUUUUUGACGAAUGUGUAUCUGGUUUUGUAAGGAUUUGGUCCUGCUCCAGCUAAAGUAGUUUGAAGUACAUUGACUUUAGUUGAGUAAGAACAAGCCUUGAGACCCUUCAGGAAUUUCAUACUGCUGAUGUUUUCUCAUAUAUGUGGUUUAUGUUUUCUGGGAUUAUUUUUUUUUUCUUUAAUUUUACAACAAUAUUUACAAGGAUGCUCUGGAUGAGAUGGGCAUCUGUUGCCGAUUAUGGAAAAACAAACGCCAUGGUUGCAGAAGAAUUAACAGAAAAUGGAGAAGUGUGGACCUGGUUUCUUUGAAGUCAGUGGCUAAGCCCCUGUGUUUUGAGCUGGGCUGGCUUCUUUGCCAUCUGCAUAAAGUUGGAAGUGAAAAUAAAAUUCACUUUCAAACAAAUGUGGUCAAACAGUUGUCCUGGGAAUCUCUCCUUUAAGAAAUGUAUCACAACUAAAAUUGUAUCUUUUUAUCAGAAGAAUCUGCAGGUAAAGGCAGGACUGUGCAUUUUUAAAUAUAAAAUCAGUUUUUCAGUCUGUGUUUUGCAGGGGAAAAAUUACUUGAUUUAAUUUCCUUCUCCAUCUGUCCAGCAACAUCAUUUGCAAGUGCUUUUAACGUGUUUCAUCUAGAGCCUUCUUGUCAGGUUGGUUUUGUACAUUUGUCCUUAUUUUCUUUAUAUUGUACUGACCCCUGUGAGGGAAUAGUUGAUGACAUUUUUUUUUUCUUCCUCAAUAUAUAAUAAAUCAUCUUGCUCUUA